CUACUUGUAACCCACACACAUGGUACAUAGAACCCAGUGGUGCUAAGACUGCUUAGCUCAGGAAAUGGCGCAGCUGCCCCCGAGAGCGCCGAGCGGGGUGGAGCAGGACUGGCCGGUGGCAGGAGAGUUCCUCGGGUUCGCUGCGGCCCGGCGGGGCGUGCACCGGCGCUCGGCCAGCGAUUCGGCGGCUUUCCUGGAGGCCGUGCCAAUGGACCACAUCCUCAGCGGCGGCGGCGGCGGCGACGACGAGUUUGACAGGCUCGACGACGAGCAGCUCAUGUCCAUGUUCUCCAAUGUCGACGGCGGGUGCGACAGGCCGGGCUUCAUGGACACGGGAGAGGCGGAGGAGGGGACGCCCAGCGCGGGCGCAAUGGCCGCCACGGACGGCUUCGGUGACCCCAAGAGGGUUAAAAGGAUAUUGGCGAACAGGCAGUCAGCGCAGAGGUCAAGAGUACGUAAGUUGCAAUACAUCUCAGAGCUUGAACGCAGCGUCACCGGUCUCCAGAUGGAGGUGUCAGCACUCUCUCCUCGCGUGGCCUUUCUAGAUCAUCAGCGGUCACUACUGACCGUCGGCAACAGCCAUCUCAGGCAAAGAAUUGCCGCCCUUGCACAAGACAAGAUCUUCAAAGAUGCUCAUCAAGAGGCACUCAAAGAGGAGAUUGAGCGACUACGGCAACUGUUCCACCACCAGAAGAUCAAGGCCACAGGCGGCACAGACAUGGCCACGGCCACCUCAAUGCAGGCCAAGCAAGAGCUCCUUAUGUGUGAGGGAGCCGCGAUGCGAUAGCACAACAAGGCGCAACCAGCCUUUUUGUGGUGAUUUUCUUCAUUCACUCAUCUCGAUUCAUCGUGUGGAAACACACCAAUGUUACUAGAUUAUUUGUGCAGUUUGACAUGUUCAUUGUUUUUGUUCAUGUGAUGUUCACUCAUCCCUAUCGAUAAUUGUGUUGGGAUGGGAAAUUGUCGUAGAUAUAUAUUGUUUGGACCAUCCUUACAUUUGUGUUGGUAAAGAUAUUUUCAUUGCAUUUA